CAAAGUUUCCUUUCCGGAAACACAGUUGGCCGAUUUCAAAUUUCAAUAAUAAUUUUUUACUUUCAAUUUAUUGAUUCUUUUGUAAAGAAAUUGUAACCCGGGUUUAGCAAAAAACAAAAUCCAAAUUUGUGUGAAGGUUAAAUUCUUGUUGUGUAUCUAAAUACCCGUGUUUUUGAAGAAUUUAAAAGAAACCAAAUUUUCUCGGUUCGGAUCCAAUAUGGCUGGAAGAGGUCAAAAGGGUUAUGUUAGAAACCGAAAUGAAUCUUUAACAUCUGAUAAACAAAAAUUCGAAGCUAAGUAUAAUGCUGCCAUUGGUGCUUAUAAGAACUACCUGCAAGAGUUCCAGCUGAUGCUGGUCACGAAAGAACGUAGAAUGAAUGACGUACUUGCCCGCCGGGAAAUCCCCCUAUGGUUCCAAGAACUUUCCGAUCAACAGGUUGAAGCAAUGGACAAGCUUUUGGAGGCAGUUCGAGAUGAUUCUGAUGAAGGUACCGUUUUUCGGUGUCAGGCGUUGCUUAAAGUGCUUGGCGUGGUUCCACUCUGCCCAGUUUUAGUCAUACGAGAGGCAUUGAUUCUAGCAAAAGAAAAUGAUCUUUCCUUCCUUUGGUUCCUAUUGGAGUUAUAUUACUCCAAAGUGGAGCGUCAGGGCAUUGAUCAUAGCUACACAAAUAACGAACGUUUAAUUAUGUCAGCUAUUUGUCAUUUAGAUAUAAUGACCACGCUGAGGGGAUUGGAAAAAAUACUUCCUCCUAAAAAAGAACGUUGUUGUUCCAAACGCACCAAACCAAAGUGCAUUGUUCAGUACUGUUCGCCAUAUUUGGAACCGCAGGGCGUUAGAAAGCCACUCUUGAACUCGGCUUUCGAUUUUCGCCCAGAAGCUCCGCUUUGCAUUGGUCGUUAUGCUAGCUAUCGCGAUCAGCAUUUCGUCAUUCCAAACGAAGCGUCUCGUUGGUUUGCCAAGCUCAGUCGAUCCAAUCAAACUGAGAAGCCGGUGGAAGCACAACCCAAAAAACCCGAGGAAAUGACGCCUGCCACUUGUGAUAGUGCCGAGCUUAUUGUUCGAGAGCUGUUGAAUGAUCAGAUCUGCCAUAUGGUUGAUCAUGAAGUCGACAGGGAAAACUUGUGCCGAAAACACAGGGACAUGCAGAAACGAAGAAAUAAGCUGCUCAGCUUGGUCAACAAAAGAUCGGUUGUCAGAGAGAAACUCGAUAACGAAGUGCUCUCGGUCGAAGAACAAAUGAAACGGUGUGAGAAGGAGUGUCGUGAGAAACGUAUGAUCCAAUUGAUGCUGAAACAUUUGAUCAACGAUUCCAUAGUGGCCUGCAUGCUUACGCCAAGGUCCAAAUGCCCCGAAUGCUGGGAGGCCUACGAACAUCAACGGAGGCUUCAGUCCGGUGCCACGUGUUCAUGUGCCAAAGAACCGGGUAUUUUCUGUUUGCGAAAUAUGAUGAAAAAGGGCGGCCCGAUAGAAAAAUACUUUACCUGUUGCAAGGGGACGGUUCCUUUCGAAUUUGAUUAUCGCAAGAUUCUCGAUUAUGAGCCUCAGAGGCCACAGUGUCCAGUGAAGGAAGCAAUUCGCGUGGCCCUCGGUGUGCAAGAGGAGGAGCAUGAUGAAUCGAAAGCGAUUUCUCGCUGUAUGAAUGAAAUGUGGCGUUGUGAGAUCAAGCUUUGGAACGAACGGUUCCUCCAGGGACAGAAAGAAGUCGAAUCCAAACAGGCGCCGAAAGAUUUACUCGACUAUAAGUGUAUCGAAUCAACGGAUCCCGAGUUUUUAAGAAUGUUGUUGAAGAGGGGCCUACUGAAGCUAACAGAAGAUACCAAAUAUGUACUGGCAACCUUCCCGGAAGCACAUAAGCUACCAUUCUUGAAUGCCUGGAUACAGGACCGGUACGGCGCAAAAAUGUCAAGCGAGGAGAAAAACGAACUACUGCAGGAAAGCAAACAUUUCUGGGACUGGUUGAUUCCACGGGCCACGAAAAUGCGCUGGCCAGUCUGUCGCGAUUUACGAAUGUUUGGGCGGGUCAAUUGGAACUACAAGGACAGACUGCAAUCUGAUGCAAUUGAGCACCUCACGAAAUUCUAUCACAAAUUCAAGAACAUUCAAAUUCAGGAAGCUCGACUCUACUGGAACACAAUGGACCCAUACCAUACCAAUGUAGACCGGUUCAGGCAAAUAUUCAACGACUAUCAGCCGAACUGCGAAACCCGGAUAGAGCCAAUGAUUCGACCAUGGCACAAGUUCGAGUUUCACCCGAAUCCACCGAUGUUGAAGGCCAGUGAUAGUAAAAUAUUGGGCUAAUUAGAGGGUUUUUUGUUUUAUCAAUUUUUAAUAAACUCAAAAAUCCAAUAUCUC